GCCCCAGCCCAGGAGGCUCCACACCUGAACACUUCCCUUCUGCACCUACUUCUCUGACCUGCUCCACCCUCCACCCACCAGAACCAUGACCUGCUGUGGCUGCUCUGGGGGCUGUGGCUCCAGCUGCUGUGUGCCUGUCUGCUGCUGCAAGCCUGUGUGCUGCUGUGUGCCGGCCUGUCCCUGCUCUAGCUGUGGGUCCUGUGGGGGCUCCAAGGGGGGCUGUGGGUCCUGCGGGGGCUCCAAGGGGGGCUGUGGGUCCUGUGGGGGCUCCAAGGGGGGCUGUGGGUCCUGUGGGGGCUCCAAGGGGGGUUGUGGCUCCUGUGGCUGCUCCCAGUCCUGCUGCUGCAAACCCUGCUGCUGUGAGUCCAGCUGCUGCAAACCCUGCUGCUCCCAGUCCUGUUGCUGCAAACCCUGUUGCUCCCAGUCCUGCUGUUGCAAACCCUGCUGCUGUGAGUCCUGCUGCUGCAAACCCUGCUGCUCCCAGUCCUGUUGCUGCAAACCUUGCUGCUCCCAGUCCUGCUGUUGCAAACCCUGCUGCUGUGAAUCCAGCUGCUGCAAACCCUGCUGCUCCCAGUCCUGUUGCUGCAAACCCUGCUGCUCCCAGUCCUGCUGUUGCAAACCCUGCUGCUGUGAGUCCAGCUGCUGCAAACCCUGCUGCUGCCAGUCUAGCUGCUGUAAGCCCUGCUGCUGCCAGUCCAGCUGCUGUGCCCCCAUUUGCUGCCAGUGCAAGGUCUGAGGCUACGUCCACGGACCUCAAGUGGCUCCUGCAGAUCCACAAUCUCUAGGAAAUGAUCGGUUCUCCAUACCAGAGUCACUGAUUGCAGAUCUCAACCCAUCUUUUCCAGAAUUGGCAGCCCAAAUCUCCUGUCCCAGUGGGGUUGCUCUCCAGAUUAUGAAGGAUAAGUGCAUCUAUCCAUACCUUCUCUCCUACUCUAGAUCCCCUGCUUCAUUUGCCUUGGAGAAGAGCAAUUUCUUUCCCCCUUAACAAUUACAGUCCCUUUAGGACCCUGAUCCCCAGAGCCAUCAUCCCACCCCCACCCCACACAUGGGACUUAGUUGAGCCUGGGAAUAUACUACAAGACCAAUGGCUAGAGUCCAGAUCUGGGAUGGGUGCACCACUCUCCCCUCUCCCCCACAUAUUACCAGCCCCAACUCUGGCACUUCCUUCUAAUUUACCUGUGCUUCUUUCACCUACCAAAGUCCAGAUUGGACUUUUUGACAGCUCUAAAUAAAGACAUUUCUAACUUAA